CUUGGACACUUGCGAGUAGAUGAUAGCCCCCAUCUGGGGUAAAUUUCCCGCCAUAUGACGUCAACAUUUUGAGGGAUAAGAGUGACGUCAUUUUUGGAAUAUUGUCGCGUAACAUUUGUCGCGUGAUCUUUUGGAAUUUUGAGAUGGCGUCAGCAAGUAUUGUCGCAUAACAUUUGUCGCGUGAUCUUUUGGAAUUUUCAGAUGGCGUCAGCGGGACGUGUAAAAACGGGAGUUUUAUAUUUAUUUUAAAAUGGAAAGUUUAUGUGAUAUGUUUGCAGCAAUGAGUAUUUCUCAGGAGGUGCCAAACGAUUUGGUUGUGGAUGAAGUAUCUUAUGAAGUGAAGAAUGUUUGUGAUUUGAUGAAUGCUGUGUUUUUCGAAGCGGUUGUUUGUGAAAUUCGGAGAUUAUUGAAGGAGAAAUGUCCAGGCUGCGAAGUCGAUCAUCCGAGUCAGAGGAGACACAACUGUAUUAUGUUGUCAGACGGGGAGGGAUGGUUACUGCAUGGUUUGGAAGCAGUGGAGCGUGUGAUUGAGCGUGGAAUUGUGAGGAAACAGUUUCUUGAAGCUAUUCGAGUGAUGAAAUUGGAAUAUUACGGGCGUGCGAAAGAACAUUAUGCGAACUUGAUAAAAGAUCGUGAAGUAACACUUGAUUUUUUGGGGGAUUUGAGAGGAAGUUUUUCUGAUUAUCAACCCAUUUUGAACUACCUAAUGUAUUGGAGCGAAGAACAUUGUGCAUAAGACACGUUUAGUAAAAAACAUUUAUUUAUUUAUAAAAUUGUAAAAGAUUUUUUAACAGAGAUGUUUUGUAAAACUACUAAUGUUUUUUUGAGAACAAAGACUUUACAAUUUAUUGAGUUGUUCUCGUAGUUUAUUUUCUAAAUGUUUCUGAUACGCUUUUUUAUGAUCCGUUUCGAGGGAUUUGAAUGUUUCCUUUGUCCCUUUGACAUAAUAGGUGUAUCUUGGCGGUGAGCUGAAAUGACAUUGAGCAUAGGAUUCCAG